UUUUUUUUUCUCCUUCCGAGACCGAGACCGAGACCAUUUUUCUACUGCUGGCGCACACACGCUGCCAUAUUUUCGGAGAGCACACCCAAGUUCUUUUUUGAAAGGUGGCUUGUGCCCUUGUGCCAUCUCGAGGCGAUCGGGUUUAGCAUGGGUCGAACUGUGGCCAAGGGGCUGUUGGCCCUGCUCUUGGUGGUGGCGGCAGCCAUGGCUCAAAAUGCAACCAUGCCCACCCUUGAGCCCACCACCCCGAGCACGGACAUGAGCCUGGCCACAAGUGAGAGUAACGUCACUACUGCCGCUGCACCAUACUACCUCAUCUACUAUCGCGUUGGUCUCGUUGAUAGCUACGAGUUGGAACAGGCCAAGCAAGAGCUUUUCAUGACAUUUCACAUGCUGCGACUUGGUGUUAUUUUCAAAAUUGGUUCUUCGGAUGAAAUCAUGGAGUUGUCUCGUGUGGGCAAAGUCGAAGUGGUCUACUCGUCGAGCGAAUUCUACAGCUGCCUCUCUGCCCAGUUGAACAUCCCACCCGUUGCCAGCGUGGUUCGCCGUCAAAAUGGUGAGCGCGAACCGUCGCAACGAGUCCCUCACCUGCUUGCCAGCAUUCUGCUCAUUUUGAAUAAUAACGACAUAGGUGUUGACACGCCUUACGCAAGUGGUGUCAUGUUCACGUCUUCAAAGCAUGAGAACAUGGAAUUGGCUGACAUGAAGGGCACUACUCUCGCUGCCAUCAUCUUCACGCGAAGCAGUGAGCAAGUCGUGUGGGAGGUGCUCAAUGGCACUGUUGACGUUGGCUUUUUGCCCUCGGGCGUGAUCGAAAUGGGCUACAAGCACACCAAAGACAUCACAUGCGAAGACUCCGAUGUGUAUGAUUGUCCAGUGCGUGAAGGCUUCGAGUACGAGUGCGUCUGUGCACCAUGCGAGCCCAUCUGCGGAUCUUCCGAAGUUUACGAUGAAGACGAUGAUAGUUGCGACUGUCAGUCGGGGCACAUCCCUGGCAUUUACGGCUGCAUACCACUGGGCGUGUUCGCUGCUCAAGUUUUAAUCCCGGUUGCUGUAUUGAUUGGCCUCUUGGUCUUUUUUCUCAUUCAUCGACAACAUCUCAAGGCCGAUGGCAUCUGGCAAAUCAAGCCAAGUGAGUUGGUUCUCGAGCAACCUGCUGAGGUUCUUGGCUCUGGCUCUUUUGGAGUGGUUCUUGCUGCUAAGAUGCGUGGGCAGACAGUUGCUGUCAAACGCGCCUACGUGAGCAAGCACAGCAAGUACUCAACUCAAACAAAAAGCUCUUUGAAGACGGGCACGGCGUCCAAUGCCUUCGGAUUACCUCUUCGACUCAACCGCCAUAGCCCCAAGGACAGAGAUCGUGUUGCUCGACAACAGAUGCGACACCUUUUCAUUGAAGCCGAGGCGUCAACAAAGAAGAACAACUCAAUUCAUGGAUCAAGUCUCAAGUCGAGCCGAGCCACAACCAUGGCGGCAAAGCCCUGGUAUGAGCGGCUCUUUGGUCCCUCAGAUGAGACGAGGGCUCGCCGUCAGCUGUUCCGUGAAAUGCGUCUGUUGAGCCGUAUGCAGCACGACAAUAUUUGCCGCAUGCUAGGUGCAGUUGUUGAAUCUGGCAUUGAGCCACUCAUGGUUUUGGAGUACAUGGAGAUGGGAUCUUUGUAUAGCAUGUUGCACAAUGAAGCCAUGGAGCUGGACGACGAGUUCCGCUACAACGCAAUCUGUGAUAUCUCUACGGGCAUGCGCUACUUGCACAACUCAGAUCUCGUUCAUGGUGAUUUGAAGACUUUGAAUUGCUUAGUGGAUGGCAAGUUCCAUGUCAAGGUGUCUGAUUUUGGCAUGGCCAGCUUUGCCUCUGAAAACACGCAGCAAGGAGGCACUCUUGCAUGGAUGGCGCCUGAAUUGCUGCAAGGCGCUACAACGUCUUUUGCCAGUGAUGUGUACAGCUUUGGCAUUGUCAUGUUUGAAAUUUUUUCUCGCGAGGACCCCUACGAGGAUGUUGACUAUGACUCGGCCACCUUGGUGCAAAAUAUUCUGCGUCGUAAACUGCGUCCCACUCCGCCAUCGAGUAUGCCCCCGGAGUUUGUUGUCCUGAUGAACGAAUCCCUUUCGACGGAUCCAGACAUGCGUCCAACUUUUGUGGAGUUGAUUCGCCGCAUUGAACCAAUGGAGGGGAAGAUGAAAAUCAAGUCUGGCAAAGGCGGAUUGCAGGACAACGCGUUGUUGGAGCAGGUGUUUCCCAAGCACAUUGCGGCGGCGCUGCGCGAAGGUCGCACAGUUGAGCCGGAACACCAUGCCGAGGUGACCAUCUUCUUCUCGGACAUUUGUGGCUUUACGGACAUGAGCGCUACGCUGGAGCCGGUGCAGGUGUCCAACAUGCUGGAUCGCCUGUACACGGUGUUUGACAAGCUGUGCGACAAGCACGGACUGUACAAGAUUGAGACGAUUGGGGACGCGUACAUGUGCGUGGGCAACCUGUUUACGCCACAGCCGGAUCAUGCGGCGCGUGUGGCGCGGUUUGCGAUGGAUGCGCUGGCGGGGGCCAAUGCGAUUCCGAUCCUGGAGGACGAGCCGGAUGGCGACCACAUUGACAUUCGUGUGGGCUUCCACAGCGGGCCUGUUGUGAGCAAUGUGGUGGGGACGCUGACGCCGCGAUUCUGUCUGUUUGGAUCGACUGUGAACUGUGCAUCACGAAUGGAGAGCAACAGUGUGCGGAACUGCAUUCACAUGUCACCGGAGGCGGCGGCGCUGGUGCAGAAGCAGGAUGUGUCGCUGAACGUGAUUCGUCGUGAUCCUGUUGUGACGAUCAAGGGCCUGGGCAAGAUGCAGACGUACUGGUUGGGACAUGCACCGUCUACCCAAGAGGCUGUGGUGGCGAAACCGGCGCGGAAAUCACUGAGCAGCAUUGCUUCCGCACGCAGCUCUCGCCGUGCAUCGAUGCAAAAGACCUCGGCCCUCAACCCGGCGCAGCGUGUGGUUUUUGAUGAUGUGACCAUUGACAUGAGCCCCUCGGAACUUGUGGAUGAGACCGCCCCUCGGAAAUCUAAGUCUCAACUGGGCCAUGAUUCCAUGUCGGUGUUGGUCGAAUCACCCUCAGGAAGCCCUUCUUCGAAAGCUGAGUCUCUGAGCCGUCUGGGCUCCAUCGAUCUGGCCGAGUCGCAAAUAACCGCCGACUCGCUCGUGUGAGACGUACAUUUUCUUCAGCCUCUGACAUGAUCUUUUGCUCUUUGAUUUGUGAGAAAUAAGCGAAUUGAAAACGAAUAG